GGGGAGGGGAGUGGGGAGAACAGCGAGAGAUCAAAAAUAAACCUCUUAUGUCAAAGCCGGGGGGAGAAAGUAUAAAUACAGCGGGCUCGGCGGCCGGCGCGGAGGCUGCGGGGGAAGAGCCCGGGGGGUGCGGGGCCGUGCCGUGCCGGGAUGGGGCGGCGGGCGCUGCUGGCCGGCCGGGCCCCGCUCCACCUGCUGCUGCUGUGCCACGCCUGGGCGCUGCCGCCGCCGCCCCCGCGGGACACUCAGCCCGUGCUGCCCGCCCGCCUGCCCGCGCCCCCGGGGCAGCUGGCCCUGCGCCUGGCCGCCUUCGGCCGCGCCGUGGUCCUGCGCCUCCGCCCCGACACCACGUUCCUGGCCCCCCGCCUCCGCCUCCAGCGCCUGGGCGGCCGCCGCCCGCCAACGCCGCCAACGCCGCCGCGCCGCGGCUGCUUCUACGCGGGCGCCGUCGAGGGCAGCCCCGACGCGCCCGCCGUGCUCAGCAGCUGCGGCGGCGGAGGGCUGCGAGCCGCCUUCCUGCUGGACGGGGCGGCCUACGAGCUGCAGCCGCUGGGGCCGGCCGCGCCCGGGCCGCCCUGGGGCCGCCUGCACCGCCUGAGGCGCCGCGCGGCCCCGCCGGGAGCGCGCCCCGCCAGCCCCGGCCCCGAGCCCGGGCCGCGCCGCAGGGCCCCGCGCUUCGUGUCGCAGGCCCGCUAUGUGGAGACGCUGCUGGUGGCUGACGCGUCCAUGGUGCGCUUCUACGGCGAGGACGUGGAGAACCACAUCCUGACCCUGAUGUCCAUGGCAGCUCGCAUCUACAAGCAUCCCAGCCUGAGGAACUCCAUCAGCCUGGUGGUGGUGAAGGUGCUGGUGGUGGAGGAGGCAGCAGCAGGGCCCGAGGUGUCUGACAAUGGGGGGCUCACCCUGCGCAACUUCUGCAGCUGGCAGCAAAGGUUCAACCCCCCGAGCGACCGGCACCCCGAGCACUACGACACCGCCAUCCUCCUCACCAGACAGGAUUUCUGUGGCCACCAAAGCUGUGACACGCUGGGCGUGGCGGACAUCGGCACCAUGUGCGACCGCAACAAGAGCUGCUCCGUGAUCGAGGACGAGGGCCUGCAGGCAGCCUACACCCUGGCUCAUGAACUGGGCCACGUGCUCAGCAUGCCCCACGACGACUCCAAGAACUGCGAGCGGCUCUUCGGGCCCCUGGGCGAGCACCACGUGAUGGCCCCGCUCUUCGUCCACCUCAACAAGAGCCAGCCCUGGUCCCCCUGCAGUGCCAUGUACCUCACUGAGUUCCUGGAUGGAGGCCAUGGUGACUGCCUGCUGGAUGCCCCGGCCGAGCCCGUGUCCCUGCCUGCCGAGCUGCCCGGCCAGAGAGCCCUGUACAGCCUGGACCAGCAAUGCCAGCAGAUCUUCGGCAAGGACUUCCAGCACUGCCCCAACACCACGGAGGAGGACAUUUGUGCCCAGCUGUGGUGCAGGACGGGCAGUGGGGAGCCCCUCUGCCACACCAAGAACGGCAGCUUGCCGUGGGCUGAUGGAACGCCCUGCAAAGCCGAGGGGCUGUGCUGGGACGGGCGCUGUGUGCAGCAGGAUGCCCUGAAACCCCAGGCGGCGCUGGACGGCGGCUGGGGCCCCUGGAGCGCGUGGGGCGCGUGCUCGCGGAGCUGCGGCGGAGGGAUCCAGUUCUCGCACCGCCACUGCGACAGCCCCCGGCCCCGCCACGGCGGCAGCUACUGCCAGGGCCAGAGAGCCAAGUACCAGUCCUGCCACACCCAGGAGUGCCCGCCCGAUGGGAAAAGCUUUCGGGAGCAGCAGUGUGAGAAGUACAACAGCUACAACUUCACUGACCUGGAAGGGAAUCACUUGGAGUGGGUUCCCAAGUACGCCGGAGUGUCCCCCCGAGACAGAUGCAAACUCUUCUGCCGAGCCCGAGGGAGGAGCGAAUUCAAAGUCUUUGAGGCCAAAGUGAUCGAUGGCACGCUGUGUGGCCCAGAGACCCUCUCCAUCUGUGUGCACGGGCAGUGCAUCAAGGCUGGCUGUGACCAUGUCAUUGGCUCCUCCAAGAAGCUGGACAAGUGUGGGGUGUGUGGUGGCAAUGGUUCCACGUGCAGGAAAAUAUCCGGCUCGCUCAACAGAUCCAGGUACGGCUACAAUGACAUUGUCACCAUCCCCGCCGGAGCCACCAACAUCGACAUCAAACAGCGCAGCCACCGGGGGCUCCGGCACGACGGGAAUUACCUGGCCCUGAAGACCCUUGAGGGCAAGUACCUGCUCAAUGGAGACUUUGCCAUCUCAGCCAUGGAGCAGGACAUCCUCAUUAAGGGCACCAUCCUCAAGUACAGCGGCUCCAUGACCACUCUGGAGAGGCUGCAGAGCUUCCGACAGCUCCCCGAGCCCCUGACCGUGCAGCUGCUGACCAUUGCCAGCGAGGUCUUCCCACCCAAAGUCAAGUACACCUUCUUCAUCCCCAAGGACGUCCCUUUCAGCAAGCAGAAGGGCAAAGAGAAGAAGUCGGUCAAUGUCAUCCGGCCGAUGCUGACCUCCCAGUGGGUGCUGGGGGACUGGUCCGAGUGCUCCAAGACGUGUGGCUCCGGCUGGCAGCGGCGCACGGUGGACUGCCGGGACGUGGAGGGUCAGACCUCCUCUGCCUGCAACAGAUCCCUCAAGCCUGAGGACAUCAAGCCCUGUGGAGACGUGCCCUGCCCUCUGUGGCGCCUGGGUCCCUGGUCCCCCUGCUCGCAGACGUGCGGCGAGGGCGUGCGGACGCGCAGCGCCUCCUGCAUUGACUACGCGGGGAAAAUCACCGCCCCCGAGAAAUGCAGCUCGCCGGGACCGCCCCCGGCCACCACCGCCUGCCUGCUGCGGCAGUGCUGAGCCACGGCGGGCUGCAGGAGCCCGGGGUGCCGCUCAGCACUGGGACAGCACAGCCAGGGUGCCAUGGACUGGGGCAGGACAGCCAGGGUGCCAUGGACUGGGGCAGGACAGCCAGGGUGCCAUGGACUGGGGCAGGACAGCCAGGGUGCCACACAGCACUGGGGCAGGACAGCCAGGGUGCCAUGGACUGGGGCAGGACAGCCAAGGUGCCUCCACACCGGGCAGGACAGCCAGGGUGCCACACAGCACUGGGGCAGGACAGCCAGGGUGCCAUGGGCUCCUCCACAUGGGCAGAACAGCCAGGGUGCCACAGGCUAACACAGCACUGAGACAGGACAGCAAUGGUGCCACAGCCUCCACCAAGCCAGGGUAGGACAGGGUGCCACAGGUGCCACCACACUGAGGCAGGAGAGCCAGGGUACCCUGGGCUCACUCUCCAGUGCUUCAUCCCCAUCACAUCGAUGUCUACCUCAGAGAGGAGAAUAAUGGCAGCAAAACAGGGAGGAAUCACUUCUUUUCCUUUCUUUCUUCCUUUUCUUUCUGGCUGGCUGCUCGCAGGCAAGUUGUAACUUAAAGGGAAAAAUGAGCAGAUCUCUGUAGGGUGUUUCCAAAGAGCUGGAUGUGGUUGCAGGUUGCUUUUGUAAAGUUUGCUGGGGUUUGGCACUGGGGAAAAUGGGGAGCCUGGUUUUGCUGUCACCCCAUCCCAGCUGCAGGCCAGGGAGGUCCAGGGUGGAUGUCUUUGCUGAUAAAACUGGGAUCUCUUCACAAAAAGCAUGGAAUGGGUCGCCAUCCCCUCCCUGCAGCAGUGUGGGUGUCCUUGAGCAUGAGGAGUGUUUUAUCAGCUGUAGGUUUCACUUGGGAGAUAAAUUGCUUGUAUGAAUGGGAGAAGGAGUAACUGAAGAGCCAGAUCCUGGCAUGAAUCAGGCAGGAGGACAGGUGAGAGGUGGUUUCUGCUGGAUUUAUAAUCUACAACGUGACAAACCUCUGUCUCCAAACACCCCCAGCAUCUGUGGUUAUUCCUAAAUCUGUUACCCCACACCUCUGUUUCCCCAGCUAUAAGACCAAGGCUUAAUUACACCUGAUCUGUCUUACAGGGCCACUCUGAGGAUUAAUUAAUUCCUAAUUCUGCAGUGCUGACUGUGAAAUGCCUGUUGUGAUGCCCUCUGGAGCAGGCACUCUGGUGUGCCAGCGUUUCCUUUCCCAUCCUUGUCCUUCAGUCCCCUGUGGGCCCAUUUUUUCAGCUCUGCUGUAAUUUUGGAGCUAAUUCACCAGCCUGGUGUGCAGCAGGGAUGAGCCCAGGAUCUGCAGAUGGUGCCAGAGGUGACCAGUGCUGCUCCCCACCUCUGCUUUCCUGGGACAUUUGAGAGUGCUCAGAUCUGGUGCCAGCUCCAGCCUUGCUUGAGCAGUUCUCGGUGCAGGACCGAGCCUGGCAAGGCUGGAGCUGCUCUUUCCCAGUGGGGAGCAGCCCCAGCCCAGCUGCUGCCUGGCCCCAGCACAGAUGGCUGUUCAGACCCUGAACUUUGCCCUUUCCAAAGCAAUCCCUGGCCAUGUGCUGGCAGCAGCCUGUGCCUGGGGAGCAGGGAUGGAAUUUGGAAAGAUUUUGCUGUUGCUGGAUGAGCAAUUCAGUAUCUCCAGGCUCCUCUCAUACCCUGCCUUGGCUUCCUUUUUGGCAGCAAAAUGUUGAAUUUCCAGUGGGAUCUGCCUUUUUCUCGUAGGAAGGCGAGGAGGGCUGGAAUUUUUGAUGUUUCAGAUUCCCCAUUCACAUUUAUGGAGCAAAUCCUUUUCCUUGUCCCUUUUGCCUGAGCAAGCCAAGCUCGUGUGAGACCCUUCCCUGGCUGUCCAGACAGGUUUGGAAUGGGAUGGUGGGAUGAGCUGCUCCUCUGAAGACAGAAACCUCACUAUUCACCUGAAAACAUGAAAUAUUCCUGUUUUAUCUCCCAUACAUGAUUUCUAUCAAAACCACGGGAGCUACAGCCCAGGAUUGAGUGUAUUGAGUGCUUGGUUCCUUUGUUUUUAUUAGGAAAGGAAAAAAAAAACCUGAAGGCCAGCUGCAGAGUUUGGAUGCAGAGCUGUUUGUGCUGUGGUACAGACCUACCUUUGGGCAAUGUUCUACAUCUGCUAAUUAAUCUCCAGGAAUUUAAGUUCUAACAAAUAGCUGGAUGCUAAAGUCAUGCAGCCUUGCAGGGUUAUUUUCUUUUUUCCCCUCUGAGUCUGCAAGGGUUUUAAACUCAAAGCCAGCAUGUGUUUCCUCUCCAGUGUCAGCACCAGCAUUUAGGAUGGGUCAGGAACAUCAGUCUGAGGCAGUGCCAAGGAAAAUGUCUGUAUUUAUCACCCAGGAUAAUGUGUGCAUGCCAAGGGGUUUUUCCAGGUUUUUAUAAUCACUGUGUGGCUGCUUUGCUGGAUGUAAAAACUCCUUUUUUUAGGGCAAAUCCUGCUGCUUUUCCAGCAAGAGGGAAGGUGGGGAUCCCCCAGGAGGGGGGACCAGAGGCAGUGAUGCUCUGUUGAGGUGUGGGUGAUGCUAAGUGGAAUUCCUGCCCCAGGUUUCUGUAAAAACAAGUAGCCUUUACUCUGAUUUAAGUCAAAGAGGUUUUAUAUAUUAGGCUAUAUAUAUAUAUAUAUUUAUAUAUAUAUGUUUCCCUUCAGUGAAGGAUUGUAGCAAUGUACUGAGCCUCUUGUGUUAGGUAUUUAUUACAAAUUUCUGUUUGGUUUUGUACAGUAGCUGGAAAGGAGAAAAAAAAAAAAGGAAAGAAAAAAGAGAUUUAAAAGACUGUGUUUUAACAUGCUGCUCCCACAUCCCCUCUCUGGAAGCUGCAGGGAGCUCAGAGAAGGGAUGUCUUUGCUCAUUGUUUAUCCACUCUGGUAUCUGACUGGUGUUUCCCUCCUCCCUGCUGUACCCACCAAGCUGUGUAAGCAUAACAAACCCAACCAAAAUUAAGCUUUGGAAUUCAUCUUAAGGAGAGGGGGAAAAUACAAUUUUCUGAUUUUUAGCCUAUUGUUUGUAUUUGUUUUUAAUUUUGAAAACAGUCUGUUUGUGGCUCUGCCUUUACCCCUCAAUAAAGGACUUCCUGC